GCACUUACAUUAAAAAAGAUAAAAGAUGCCAUUUUAUUCCUUCUAACCGUCGAGAAUAUAAUUAUGAAUAUUGAAACCUUGGAACUCAUCUUCUUCACUACUCUCCUCUCAGAAAAUAGAAGAGAUAGAAUGGUUUUCCAAAAAGAGUACCUUGAUUUGUUGUUGGUCCCAAGUGGGCUCUGUAUCAUGUUCAUUUACCAUCUCUACUUGCUCUAUAGAUACCUCAACAUUCCUCAUACCACAAUCAUGGGCUUUGAGAACAAUGACAAGAGAGCUUGGAUUGAAAGAAUUAUGCAGGCUAGAGAUAGCAACACUAUAAAUACAGCUCUAAAUGUAAUAGGAUCCAAUAACAAUGGAGCAACAUUCUUGGCAUCAGUUUCAUUAACAUUGGCCUCUCUCAUUGGAGCCUGGAUGGCUAAUAAUAGUAUUUUCAACAGUGAAUUAAUAUAUGGUGAUACAAGGCCACAAACUAUGUGCAUUAAGUUCAUAAGCCUAUUAAUUUUCUUUUUGUUGGCUUUUGCAUGUUUUGUGCAAUCAUCCAGAUGCUUCAUUCAUGCAAAUUACUUAAUAACCAUACCAGAUACUGAUAUACCAAUAAGUUAUGUUGAAUUGGCUGUGAUUAGAGGAGGUGAGUUUUGGUCACUUGGGCUUAGAGCUCUGUAUUUUGCAACCACUUUACUUCUAUGGUUUUUUGGUCCAAUUCCCAUGUUUAUAACCUCAGUUGUUAUGGUUUUCCUCCUCCAUUCCCUUGACAAAAACACAAAGCAAUUGCACAAUCAUCGAUCUUAUGCAAAAGGAAAAGGUACUAGCAUUGCAACUCGUGACAUCGAUCAUCUUUUUUAGGCUUGCUGAGGGAGUACAAUGAGUUAUAUUCAAUGGUCAAUAUAUUAAUGUUUAUAAUUUAUUGUAAGUGAACUUUGGCACAAAAAAGAAUUGUACAAAAAUGGAAAAAGCUAAUUUUGGCAUUUCCUUGUAAUUGUAAAUAAGUUUACUUACAAUCACAUUUCAAGCCUCCAAUAUCAAGGACUGUAAUUAAAUCAUCAAAUUGUUAUUGGUCAAUGUUGUUAUUUAUGAAUGUUGCUUGUAAGAUUAUCUAAUUAACAAGUUUCCUUUACAAUACGUUAAGUCAGAGGUUUGCUUCAAUUGAACAAAUAGCAAACUCUGAUAUAGUUCCUUUCAAGCAACAUAAAAUUUUGCUAAUUUUAAUAUGCAAAAACCCAUUCAACUUCUUCCACUCUCGCAAUUUUACGAACAAAAAACAGAUAGGAGGAAAAAAAUGGUAUUCCAGAAAGAGCACCUUGAUCUAUACUUGGUGCCUAGUGGAUUGCUCAUCAUGAUUGCUUAUCAUCUCUUUCUUCUCCAGAGAUACGUUAAGAAUCCUCAUACCACAGUUCUUGGUUUUGAGAACAAUGAUAAAAUAGCUUGGGUUCAAAAAAUCAUGCAGACUGAAAAUCGGGAUGUUACAACCGCAUUAGAAGUUCUAGCAUCAAACAACUCAGGAGCAACAUUCUUGGCAACUGUCUGUUUAACUCUGAGCUCUCUCAUCGGAGCAUGGAUGGCAAAUAGUUCAACUUUAUUUAGGAGUGAAUUAAUAUAUGGUGAUACAAGGCCAGUCACCAUCUCCAUUAAGUACAUAAGCCUUAUUAUAUUUUUCUUGUUGGCAUUUUCUUGCUUUGUUCAAUCAUCAAGAUGUUUCAUCCAUGCAAAUUACCUAAUUAGUAUACCAAAUAGUGAAGUUCCUGCGAGCUAUGUGGAAUUGGCUGUUAUAAGGGGAGGUGAUUUUUGGUCUAUUGGGCUUAGAGCUCUAUAUUUUGCCAUCACUUUGUUGCUAUGGUUUUUUGGUCCAAUUCCAAUGUUUGCUACUUCAAUUGGGAUGGUUUUUCUUCUUUACUAUCUUGACACCAACAAGAGUCCAUUGCUGCAACAUUAUCAUUCUUCCACCAACCACCCCCCGCUCAAAAGCUUAGAGGAAAUGCUAUAAUUUCUUGUUAGUUAUACAAAAUUUGAUCAUUAGUUAAAAUUUAAAUUUUGUAAGUUUGAUAUGUAAUAUCAGCAACAUUGGAAAAAUAUGAUUUCUAUCUUC